ACAAAAUAAAACGGGAAGUGAGGAGAGAAAAGGAACAGAAUAGCUGCAGCCCCACCAAGCGCCGACCUGUCGGGGAUGGCGGCGCCGGCGCCGGCGGCGGGGGCGGGGGCGGGGAAGGGGAAGCGGAAGCGCGCGCUCUCCGAGGACGACGUCUACCUCCUCCUCAACAGGUACGCGCCCGGGACGAUCCUGACAGCGCUGCAGGAGGUGGCGCAGCACGCGGAGGGCAGGCGAAUCGACUGGAGGGCGGUGGUGAGGAAGUCGGCCACGGGGAUCACCUCCGCGCGCGAGUACCAGAUGCUCUGGCGCCACUUCGCCUACAACCACGACCUCGACGAGACCGUCGAUGCCGCCGACCAGCCUCUGGGAGAUGACAGUGACCUGGAAUUGGAGAUUGAACCAGUUCCUAACCCGACCAAUGAAGCUUUAUCUGAGGCCUCUGCAUUAGCCAAGGCACUAAUAUCUGGAUCUUCACGUGAGCAAGCCUCUGGUCAACGUGUUAAUUUGGAUGCUUCAGUGCAGAACACCCCAAAUGAAAAGACAGUGCGGGUUCCAUCUGAGAAACAGGUUGCUCAGAAUCAACGUAUAACAAGCGUUACUGGUCCUGUUUCCAGCUCAAAACAGGCAUCCCAUUUAGGGCUCUCUCCUGGUUCUUUGGAUCCAAAUGGACCUCCUAAAAAGAAAAAGAAGCCUAAAGCAUGGUCUAAAGAGGAGGAUGUGGACCUAACAGCUGGUGUACAGAAGUAUGGUGAAGGAAAUUGGGAUUAUAUUUUGCAUAAAUGUAAAUUUGAUAAUACAAGGACACCUGAUCAAUUGUCUCAGAGGUGGGCACUAAUCUGCAAGCGUCCAGGAGGAUCAACCAAACCUGCUAGCACUAAACAUGCCACUGUCGCUAGCUCAGAGGAAAGAAAGGAUGCUCUUAAGGCAUUUUCAAUUGCUGUUGGUCCUAUACGUAGAUCAUCUAUGCUAAGACCAGGAGCUCAGCAACUAGGCAUUCAGCAUAAGUCUACAGUGUUUGCUCCUAAGAUACCCGAAGUAAGAUCCGCAGCAGCCCCUUCACCAGCACCGGCACCAGCACUGCCGGUCCCGGCACUAGCACCAGCGCCGGCACCGGCACCGGCGGUCCCAGUGCCAGUUCCCAUGCCUUUGCCUGUGAAAGUACCAGUCAAGUCACAACUUCCUCAGGGGCAACAAGCACCUGUCCAACGUGCACCUCCAAAGUCGGCAAAUACUUCAAAUAAGACUCGUAAGAAGCAAUCUCCCCAACCAAGUCCUAUCAUUGGUCCUUCCUCAAUACAAGCAGCAGCUAUUGCUGCUGGUGGACGAAUCGCCCCAGCUUUAACGGCCGCAAACUUCUUAAAAGUCGCACAGUCUGCGCACAUAAGAUCUCAAGUAACAGGGUCUUCAAAACCUUCUUCAAGCACUAAAGCACCGAGUGUGGUUGUUGAACCUGGUACACAACUUGGCAGCACUCAGCAUCUAGAACCUCUUAACACUAGCGGCCCUAAGUCUGGUCCUUCAGUUUUGACCACACAUGCAACUGAGCAAGUUCAUGGUGCUUCAGAGGUUGCCAUAGUUAAUCCUGCAGGGCCAUCUGCCAGGGCACAUCCAUUGGAAACUAAUAAAGCAUUGAGUACCACACUAGUGCCUGUCUCAUGUGACAGCGAGGAAAAGGAGGACGACUCUACAUUUUGUGUUAUCACUAUAGAUGACUUGUUCCCUGAAGAUGCAAUGCAGCUAGAAACAGUGGAUCUCGAGGCAAAGCCAGAAAUCGCCGAUCAGAAGGCAAAGCAGCCGGAAACUGUGGAUGCCAAGGCAAAGCAAUCAGAAGCUGCAGAUCCCAAGGCAAACCAGCCAGAAACUGCAGAUCCCAAGGCAAAGCAGCCAGAAACUGUGGAUCCCAAGGCAAAGCAGCCGGAAACUGUGGAUCCCAAGGCCAAGCAGCUAGAUACAUUAAAUCCCAAGGUUGAUAUGGUAGAUCCCAAGGAUAAAGACAUGCUUGAGUUUGAUCAAUAUGUUGCUUCUCAAGGAGGAGCUGUAAACACAGAUCAUUUAGAUAAAAGCAACACUGGCAGAAGUUCUUCGCAACCCCAAGGCCUUGUUGGCAGCCAGAAGAAUCAAGUGAAGCUGGUGCCCAACGUAGGGAAAGGCAACCCUGUAUCAGCUGGUGUGCCAGCAACCGUGAAGAGAACCAAAACUUCUGUCCCACAUUUAGUGAACCCAGUCCCAGCUGGGAGCCCCCGUGGCAUUGUUGGCACAGUCAAUGCGAAUGCACCGAAUAAGACACUAGUAAGGAAGGCAACUACUCUUGUUCCUGCUGGUGUUCAAGCCCCUCUCCUGAAGAAGCAUGCCACGAAUGGAAAAGGCAACCAAGUGAUGCAACCCAGCACUGGCUCUGGAGUACCGGCCAGCAGCCAGGCUAGAGUGGCCGUGAAUGGUGCUAGCAAGGUGAAUCUGCCAUCCAGCAGCGGCCAGGCGAGCUCGGUGGUGAAUAUUGGUAACAGAAAGAACCCACCAUACAGCGGCCAGGCUAGCGCAGUGGUGAAUAUUGGUAGCAAGGCAAAUCAACCAUCCAGCGGCCAGGCUAGUGUGGUGGUGAAUGGUGCUAACAGAGCAGCCAAUCCACCAUCCAGCAGUAAGGCUAGCGUGGCCUUGAGUUCACCAUCCAGCGGUAAGGCUAGCGCUGCCUUGAGUGGUGCUGCGAACAAGGCGAAUCCACCAGCUGCACCCAAGCAAUAGUUAUGCUCUAACACAGUAAAUGUUGUAAUAAUCCUCGUAGGACUUUUGCGCUUCGAUUGUACCCUGAAAUGUGAAUAGGGCAUUAUAGACAGAUACCAUGUAAUUCUUUUCACCUUGCAGUUGCAGUUGCAGUUGCAGAGACCACUAGAUUGGAGUGAUUUUUUUUUUUAUCUGGUAGUUGUGCUGGUGACUAACAUUUUCUUUUGAAAUAGGAUGCUGGGGGCUAACAUAAAUAAUACAUGUCUUGGAGUGA